AUGGGAGCGGAAGUGAUUGUAACAAACUGGGACACUUGGGAGGAGCUCCUCCUUGGUGGAGCCGUUCUCCGCCACGGUACUCGAGAUUGGACGGUGGUUGCCGCUGAGCUCCGAGCCCGUACACUUUCUCUUUCUCCAUACGCUAUCACACCAGAGGUCUGUAAAGCCAAAUACGAAGACUUGCAACAGCGCUAUUCAGGGUGCACGGCUUGGUUUGAGGAGCUUAAGAAGAGAAGGGUAGCAGAGCUUAAGAAAGCUUUGGAACAAUCCGAAGAUUCAAUUGGGUCUCUUGAAUCGAUGCUUGAAUCUCUCAAGGCUGACAAGAAUGAGAAAAGAGAUGAUUGUCGUGUUGACAACGACACAGUUGGACCAGAAUUACACGUUCCUUCACAAAAAAUAGAGAGAGUCAAAUCUUCCACUAAAGAAGUGUCAAAGGAUGGACUGUCUGCAGGGAGUUUCACACAUCAAACCGAGACAAACUGGUCUCAUGAAUCCCAGGUUCCAGCAAUGUCUUCUGAAGACAUGGAUAUUAGCCCUGAAGUUUCGGGAUCUAUUGAACAUGAGAAAAUUUUGAUUGUAGAUAAGUCGACACAUACUGUGUAUGAAGGACAGGGAGGGUGUUGUAAAAAACGGAGAGGAAAAAGAAAGAGAAAGGAUUGUGGUAAAAAUAUUAAUGAAGUGAGUGUAAGAGAGAGUGACUUUUCAAUUGAUAUGUCCCGGUUUAAAGAAAGUUCUACCAGCAACUGUGGCGAGGUUGUCAAAUCUUCUGGUAUAACCGAGGAUAAUGCAAACUUGAAAAAGGAUGAAGUGAAAGAUAUGACGGAGAUUUUAGAUUCUGUUUUGGAAAUUAAAGGUGCUUCUGCCUUCUGUCGCAAGCAUGAUAGUCAGAAGCGAGCCAGGUACAGGCAGUUAAUUCGAAGACACAUGGACUUUGAUGCUAUAAGGUCAAGAAUUAGCAACAAAACCAUUAAUACAAUGAUGGAGCUUUUCAGAGACAUGCUUCUACUAACCAACAAUGCUUUGAUCUUUUACUCCAAGAACACUCGGCAAUAUAAAUCUGCUCUACUAAUGAGAGACGUUGUCACACAAAAACUGAAGGUGAAUGUCAAGUUUUUCAGUAGGAGUGUCAUUAAUGUUGAUGUAUCUAACUCUAUGAAAUUACUUGAUCGCGAUCCUUCUGUGAAAGUUGAAAGCGGUCACCCUGGUGGUGGGAGCAACCCUGCCUCUGGGAUUUCACGUGGAGACAAGAAGCCUAGUAAGAGUAGUAAAGAGGAUUCCCCAUCUUCAUUGAAAUCCUUACACAUCAAGAAAGGUUUUGGUGGACCUAAAAAACUAGAACCUGCGACUCCACUGAAGGAAAUGAAGGAAAAGAAAAGAAGGAGAGCUAAGUAA